AUGCUGCCAAAUGCUUACUAUCUGACUGAAUUUGGCACGGAACCCCGUCGAUUACUCAUUGAAAUUACUAGAUACCACAAUAGUCUUGCAAUUAUUAUCCCAGACGGCGCUUUAGCUUAUGAAAACUAUAACCUUAAUAAACGAGGUCAUAAUGCCCGUAAAUACAAGGAUCCAAAGAACGAAGCCUUACGCCCACAAGUUAAGAAGGAUGCUAACGGAAACCUUCUUAAUAGAAAGAGCUAUAGACGAUGCGGUUCCACAAAGCACCUCAAAUUCGAGAUUAGCGGCUACAAGAAAUGUAACUCCUGUAUUCCAAUAAACAAGCUCCAAGAGGACAUAAUAAUCAACUACGUCAAGCAAUUAUCCUAUAAGGAUAUACCUGCUAUUCCCGAAAAGGUAGAACGUCUUGAGAUCACAGACAUGUCAUUCUAUUACUCUCCUCGCGGUACAGAGGAUUUUAAUAGUAAGAAGGACUCUAUUAAAGCCAUCUUUAUAAUCCCGGCACGCGAGGAAGGUCUCUUUGCUUCUCCCUUUGGUAGUGAGCAAGAGAAGAAGACCGGAAAGCAAUAUGUCACUUGGUUUGAGCAAGCUCAGUUCUCUUCUUUUAACCAAGAGGCUAGCAGAGGCUAUACCUAUGUCCCUGAAUUCGACGUCCGCUCAAUCACUAAUGCGAAGGCAUUUGAGGACCGUCAUGUAGCCCGUGAAUUCGAAAUUGAGGAUGAACCUGAGGAAGUUGAAGCUGAGGAAGAAGUUGAAGGACAAGGCAAUGGCUGGGGACAAGCUGUUCAGGAUGGACAGGAGACUGGAGCUGUUCAGGAUGAAGGAAAGGAGACUACUAGUAGUUGGGGACAGACUGGAGCUAGCGAAGGAACGGGAACAGGAUGGUAG